UGUGACGUGGACUCCGUCAUCAAACACUCAGUGAGGCAUGCUGGCUUGUUCACUCUGUGGAGACGCUGGACACAAAUGCAACAUUCAGGAUGCAGCGGCAAGAAAGCCUGGCUUCUGACUCCCUGUCAGAUGUGCGAUGCCCGUUGAGACACUGGAUGCCACGUGGUCACUCGUGUGAAGAGCGAGUUGUGUCAAACUCAAAGUACUCUCUGGUCGCUGACUGUCACAAUGACAAGGCGGAGAGGCGCUCAGCUUCGGGAAAAGUCCAUCUUUUGCGGCGCACCAUCAGUGUCCCAGUGGAGACGCAGUUUACAGAUUUUCACAGCCAGCUGUCCACUAAGAGCAGAGAGGCGCUCAGCUUCGGGAAAAGGUCCAUCUUUGCGGCGCACCAUCAGUGUCCCAGUGGAGACGCAGUUUACAGAUUUUCACAGCCAGCUGUCCACUAA